AAAAUAAAAGGGGUGAAAUGGACUUGUUGAACAACUAGGGAGGUUUAUGGUGGAAGCUGAGGGGGUUUAACUAUUCAAGGGAAGUGAAGAGUGUGUAGCCCCAAGGCCUUUCUUCAUCGGCAAAGUGAUAGUUCUUGUUUGUGUUUGCAUGAGCAAUGGAAGGGGUUAGGCUUAGAUUAUCUUUCAAAGACCCUAACAUUCUUAGUGAGUUGCAGAAAUCUGAGGGUUUCAAGAAAAGUUGGCUUCUUCUCAAACCCCAACAACACACAACCAUCUCUGAUCUUUCUUCUUAUCUUAUCAACAAUUUUCAUCUCCAUGAUUCUUGUCCUAAUGGAAUCCAACUCUCUAUGGAUGGUUUUGUCUUGCCUCCUUUUGAGUCGACGUGUAUUUUGGAGGACAAAGAUAUAGUCAGUGUGAAGAAGGUCGAGGGAAAUAAUCGACCAAAUAUGGUUUUAGCCGUCGAAAGAAAUAAUGGUCCCAAUGUAGUUGAAAAUCUCCAAAUUGUUGAGAAGCAACCUGUACCAUUGUUAUUGGCAAAUGAAGCGUUUGACCAUGCUGGAGGUCACGAGUCUAAUGACAGUGAAGACUCUGAAGAUGAAUCUGAAAAGGAGGAAGAGGCAGAAUCAAAGGAAGAUGCUUCACACCAGGAAAAUGUUUUGGCUGGCAAUGCAAUUUCCAAGAAAAGAAAAGCAUCAGAAACGCUUCCUAGCUCAAAGAAAAAGGAACACUGUUCUGAUGUUAAGGAGAAGCUUGAUGAGCAGACCGAGAAACAACAAGAUCUUACUAGCAAGAAACGGAAGGUAUCUGAUCCAAAUAACGAAGAUGAGGAGAAUAAUAAAGGAAAUGCUGGGAGUGGUGAGGACAAUCAUGUUACACCCAGCACGAAGAAAAAUGACAAGCUUCAAAAAAACAGUGCGGAAAAUAUAGAGGUGUCCCCCAACUCUGAUGCGACUAAGAGGGAGGGCCCUAGUAGAAGUGCCAGGAGAAAAGCUUCUAAAAGGCGAUGGUUGCGAGAGAUGGCCAAAAUUAAGAACGCAGGUGCUGAAUCAGAAGGACUGCGGAACUGGAAAGAACUGCAAGCUAAAUCUGGAAAAGGAGAGCCUAGCCGCCAACCAAAGGGGCGGGUGAAUGACGAGGCUAAUGGCCAAUCAAUGGGACAUCGAAAUUGGAAGCAGCAGAAUACUAAAGCUAAUAAAGAAGAGGUGACUGGCCAACCAAAGGGACUACUGUAUUGUAAGCAACUUUUUGGUGAAGAUAAGAACAGCGAUACAAACCAAGAAAAGCUUGCAGAAGAAAAAAGCAAAUCGUGUGGACAAUCAUGUCAAAAUAGUGAUACAGAAGAUGAAGUUGUUCCAGUUGAAGUAAGGCCUGGGCAUAUUCGCUUUGAACCUCUUGGAAAAGAACAAGUUUCGAAGCAGAGUCAAGUAGAAGUGGAAAGUUUCAGGUGGAAUGGUAUGAUGAGCAAGAAAAAGGGACAGAAAUGGGGCCAAGAGAAAGUUUCAUUUUCCCAAAAGGAUGAUUCUUUAGGUUCAAACAAAGAACGUCCUGAUAUGACGAUGAAUCACGAGAGACAGAAAUUGGGCCAAGAGAAAGAUUCAUUUUCCCAAAAGAAUGAUUCUCUAGGUUCACACAAAGAAAAUCCUGAGAUGAUGAAUCAUAAGAGACAGAAAUGGAGCCAAGACAAUGUUCCAUUUUCCCAAAAGAAUGAUUCUCUAGAUUCAACCAAAGAACAUCCUGAGAUGGUGAAUGGUGAAAAAGAACCUCAUUUUCAUGAAUCGAUUGACUUCAAUACACUUCCUUAUCUUUCUGGCAUGCCCGAGGAAGGACUUGUGAUUGCAUACCGGUUGCUUGAGUUGUCAUCAACCUGGACUCCUGAAGUCUCCUCUUAUCGGGUUGGAAAAAUAUCGUGGUAUAAUUCUGAAGCCAAUAAAGUUUUGCUGAUUCCAGUAGCUGAAUUUCCAGUCAUUUCUACUGAGAAUGACGAGUCUUCAAAGCAACCAGAUAGCUCUAUUUAUAAUGAAGACGGAUCCCUGGAGAUAGAUUUUGCAGCACUUCUUGAAGUUCGUGUGAUGAAUAGUACUCCAGACCCAGCAGGAGUACCUGGUGGGGUAAUUGAAGGUUCUGCUGCCAAUGAUUCGACUCCAGUGCUUGGAAGCAGUAAAAAUAAAACUGAAACCCCAGCUGCUGGAGCUGGAGAAUUAAACAAUGGAAAACAAACACAAUCUACCCCUUCAGAAAAUGGUGGAGUAAACCUGUGGGAGCAAUUCAAUGAGACUCUAAAGUCCAAGAAGGCAGAAUUAGCUCAGGAAAGUAGUUGGGGUAAGACCAAGAAGGCGGAAUUAUCUCAGGAAAGUAGUUGGGGCAAGGCCAAGAAGGCAGAAUUAUCUCAGGAAAAUAGUUGGGGUAAGACAAAUUCUGGGAAGAGUCCAUGGUCAUAUCGACCCAUGAGAGGCACCGCGCUAGGCCCAACAAUGGCUUUUCUGAGAUCCCAAAAGAAGAUAUGAGAUGAAGUUGAAGUUGCAUAUUUUGUUCAUAUUAGUAUGCUUCAUUCUCUCAAGUUUCGCAAAAUACUCACUAAUGAAGAGAAUGAACUAUGUUUUAACUUCUGGAUUAUGAAAGUGUCCAGGGAAGUUUUGCAGUGUAACAAAGGAGCUCUUGAUGCAUCCCUUUAUGUCAACUGUUUCUAAACAUCGGUUUAAGCUUUGGUGUAAAAGAAUUCAAGCUAUUUAUCAGUUGACAUAAAGUUGAACUUGCA